AUGCUGAUUCUUUCGAUGAUCCUGGUAGUUGGUGCAUACUACAUACAGCCAUCAAGACAUUCACUGAUUAUAACGACAAGAGCAAUAGCGCCUUAUCGCUUAGACUCGUUCCCUUUUGAACAAAAAGGCCCGUAUGGAAUGUCUAUGAGCCCUGUGCUAUUUGCAAAGCCUGUAACUAGGCAACCUGAACUACAUAAGCCAUUUGAUGAGAUUGCAAAAGUCAGUAAUCAAGAUGAAAGCAUAAAUGGCGACAAAGAAGCAAAAGGUAGCGAUAAGCAUAACAGCAUCAAAGACAUGUUGAUGGCCAGUACAAUAUGCAAGAUAUUCUUCUACAUUGUUGUGGCAGCUCUGAUAUUUUCAAUCGGCUACCAAACAAGAAAGUACAACGAGGGUGGAACGUAUGUGCGAUUGCCAACAAAUAAUUCGAACUAG